AUCAAGACGGGAGCCAGAUCACUGGAUGGUUAUUCGUAUCAACCAUUCCCAUCGAUGAACGCCUCCUAGCGUCGUCGAACAAGCGACUGAACUGGUGCAUAUAAAUGUCACAUUAGAAUAAUGGACAUGCAGAACAUUUCGCCGUCUAUACUGACGUACCCUGAUCCCGACGACUUUGACUAUGGCGCAUUUCUGCAACAGACCCCGGGAGCCGAGGAUGGCAACCUUCACCUGGCUUCUCCAGUGCCACCACAACCACUGACCACGACACCCCAGCUCAUCCAGCAGACUACAGCACCCAACUUAGGCACUGGGGCGACCACCCUAUCCGACUCUUCCCUUGGCAGGACGACACCACCAAGCUCGGGCAACAGGAGUGGCAGCACAGACGCCACCAGGAAGCCGGCAGCUGAGACGCUGACCCAGAGGCAGAGACUCGAGCGCAAGGGGCAUACAAAGAGCCGCCGGGGCUGCUUCAACUGCAAGCGGAGAAGGAUCAAGUGCCAGGAGACACACCCGGCCUGUGGUCACUGCGUCAAAACGGGACUCAAAUGCGAGUACCCUGCCGCACCCCAGAUCACCCACCAGCCCCAUAACCAGAUCCCUCUGUUCAGCCUGCAAGACAUGCGCUUCUUCCAGCACUUCCUGACACACUGCUAUCCGCAUCACCCUCUGAAACAAGAGUCGGUGUGGACACAUGAGGUGCCUUGCAUCGCACACAAUCAUGAGUUCUUGAUGCAUGCCAUCCUGGGAUUCGCGGCCUCGGAGCUCAUCCAGACAGACAGCAGUUUCGUCGCAGCGGCGAUGAGCCACCGCGUCAAAGCGAUCAAGUCCAUCAAGAAGCGGCUGGCCGAUGCCUCAAAGGACACCACCUCGGCCGAGGAGACGAAUGCGCUCCUUGCCACCUGCUACGCGCUCACCUUUCAGUCCGUCAGCCUCGAAGACGGGCUCGUGGAGUACAUGACAUUCAUACGCGGCAUUGUCAUUGUCGGGAUGCAGAUGAUGUUCAGGAAGAUCCGGCCCAUCUUCAGCACCCUGUUUGAGGAGAGCCAGGAUGAGAUUCUGGAGCCGCUGAUGCAGGGCCUGCCCCUCAUACGUAAGGGCUGGACGGACGCUGCGAUGGAAGCCAUCAGCGCCCUGAGACCGCUCUGCGUCGAGCCCGUCGAGGUGGAGUACCAGGAGAAGCUCCUCGACAUGGCGCAGAAACUAUACACCAGCUCCUGGACGGCGUACAAGGCGCAUUCGCAGCAACACGCUUGGUGGAUGAUGCUUCCGCACAACGUCUUUCAGGAGCUCAUCUCCCCCAACAACCAGGUCAUGUUGCUUCUGCACACGCACUGGAUCUCGCUCAUUGAGAUUAUGACGCCCAUCACGCAGCAGGAGCGAGAAGUGCGCGAGCGACGACCACCAGAGAAUGACCAGCCGACUGACCCGGGCUUUGUCCGCUGGCUCAAGUAUAUCAACGCGCGGGUGGACUAUGAGCACCAAAUGUUCAAUCAGUGGCCCAUGUGGAUCGAGGCGCAGCUUGAUAAGGAUAUUACGUUCUUUGGCAAGGUCCGUUGACGAAUGCAGCCAGUCGCAGGCGGACCGCUCAGUAUGCCAAACUUGGCAGGAGACCUGGGAUAUACUGUCAUGUUCCAGACGUGAUGUUGCUGUGUGAUAGCGUGGUGUUGAUGUUUCGGGGGUAGCGAGCGUUACUAAUAGCGACGUCCUGCAUGCUUUUCCCUUUGGCUUAGUUGUAAUAGUGCGAAUC